AUUCUUCACAAUACACCCCCAUUUACCCGCUCAGACGCUCCUUAACGACAGACACCGAUCUUUCUUCUUGCAGAGCCUCUCCUUCUCAACAUCAAAAUCACCAACGUUCCUUCAAGCUCGUGGCCUCAUCGCGACAAGCCCCCUUCGAGACGUUUGAGAUCCGUCAGCCCGAAGGCGGACCCUAGACCCGACGAACGCAUCUUGCAAUUUCACUAGAUGCAAUAAACCACAGUCCUUGCGCACACCCUGUUCAUGGCUUACUUGCCCCAGCGGAUGAGGACAGAAGCAAACUCUCAUAGAUAACCAGGCGCGUCAACGUUCCCGUCGCAUCUCAGCGCUGCUUGGCGACCAACUCACGAUCCAACAACACAAUGGCAUACGAUCAAGGCUACUAUCAACAGCCGCAACGACCAUACAACGGGGCAGCGGCUCGAAGACCAGGUCCUCCACAAGGUUACGCGCAACCGCCACCUCAACAGUAUCCUCCGCAGCAAUACGAUCAGUACCCGCAAGAUGGCUACGGAUAUGAUGACUACAAUGGCGGCUACGCGCAGGACUAUGAUGGAGGAUACCAAGAUAUGAAUGGUGGCGGGAGAGGAAACGGAUAUCCACCGCCAAAUCAAAAUUAUCCCCCACAACAAGAAUAUUAUGGUAAUGACAGAGGAGGCGGUAGGGGAGGACCGAUGCAAAGACCGCCAACAGCCGAUGGAGCUCGGGGCGGAUACGAUCAAAGAGGCGGAGGGCAAGGCAGAGGCUAUCCUCCAAAUGGUGGUCCUGUUGGCAGAGGAGGGCGACCAGCGCCUUUGGAGCGAUCGACUUCCUCUGACCCGAGCUCGAGACCUCCGCGAAGACCCUUAAAAACCCCCCCAAUGUCCCCUGACCAACCUGCGUGGGAUAACCCUUUUCCUACCUUCCCGGGUGCGAAGAAGAAGACUUCUGUGUCAGAAGAGAGAGAAAUUCUGCAGAAGAUGGCUAACAUGGAGAUUGGAAGUCAACCGCAAGGAAAAGGUUCUAGUAGGAAUCCAGCUGGCGGGCGGGCCGUUACCACAGAUGAUUAUGGACGUCCUUCGAUGGAAAGCCAGAGACGAGGCCCAGCGCCUGAAAAUUAUGGACGUCCAUCAGGCGAAGCUCCCAGAAAUAUGCCCAUAAGAGGUCCUCCCCCUCAACAAGGAUAUCCAGAACCACGCCGAGGCCCCGGACCAAAUCCUGGCUACGGACCGGCACGGCAAAACACGUAUGGUCCUGGCUACAAUGAUCAAGGAGGAUAUGCCCCAGGUCCAACUUCCCCAAUCCGAGAUAACUUUGGUCCUCCUUCACGUAGUAUGACAAUGCCAAACGAACCACCAGUGCCCAUGGGCCGUCAACCUCCUUUGCCAGGCUCAAUGGACGCUCCGGGCCCAAGUGCUCCGUACAAUGGUCCCAUUGGUCGCGGAAUGCUUCCAAGACCUUCAACUGCUUCAGGAAAUCGGCCUCAACCAGGAAGAAGUUAUCCUAGUCAGGGACCAGCUCCAGACCCAUACGCGAACGGUAACGAUCAAGGCUACGGUGCUCAUCGUCAAAAUGAGAGUGUCAGUGAUUUCUACGAUUCGUACUAUGACCAACCGCAAAGACCUCAAUCUGCCGGAUCUGAAAUGCCCAACUUCGAUGCUGGUCCGGCUAAUUCUGGAGGCCAUCGGGGGGGUGCAUCAAUCGAGGAGCACAUCAGACCGGGGCAAAAUGGAUUCGCACAAGUUAAGCCUAUGCAGUCUCAACCUGACGUCCGUGGCCAAGCUCAGCCUCAAGCAGCUGUGUUUGAAAUGGUUGGUGAUGCGCCUGCACUUCCAGGUGGUCAUUCUCAGCAAGGAUAUCAAAAUGAUGGCUAUGGUGGUCAAUAUAACCAAGGGCCGCCAAAUCAACGUGGCCCGCCUCCUCAGCAAGGCUACGGCUAUGACGAUCAACAGAAUGGGUUCGUACCACCACAACGAGGUGCAUCAGCGGCGCAAAGGGCAGGCCCGGCGGGCUUUGCUGGUCUUCCCAAUGGGCCAAAGCAAGGCUUUAAUGGUCUUCCCAAUGGCCCAUCUCCAAAUGGAGGAAUCACAAGAGCUGGCACUAUGCCCAUCCAGCCAUCACUAGGCGUUGAAGGCGGCCUGCCCUCUCAUCCACCACCUGUUCGUGCCGGCCUAAUACCUAAUUCCGUGGCUGCUCAAGCCAGCAACAAACCAAUGCCGGUCCGUAAUUACAAUAAUGUCUCGCCUGGUCAACAGCCUGCGCCUUCUCAAGCUGCAGCUGCAGCGCCCCCUCCCCCGCCGCCUGUCACGGUCGAGGAAAUCGAAAAACUGAGGAACUCUGUAAAGAUCAAUCCCAACAAUCAGGAAGAGCAAAUGCUUCUCGCCAAGAAGUUGGUCGAGGCAUCAGAAGUUCUUGUACCUCAAAUUCCAGAUCAACGAGCUCGGAACAAAGCUCGAGAAAAGUAUGUAAUGGACGCUUUUAAGCUGCUCAAGAGGCUUGUUCAGGGACAGAAUAUGGACGCUAUGUUCUAUCUUGCCGAUUGCUAUGGCCGUGGUGCAUUGGGUCUCGAAACAGAUAACAAAGAAGCCUUUUCUCUGUACCAAUCCGCAGCCAAGGCAGGACAUGCAGCAGCUGCAUAUCGAACAGCCGUAUGCUGCGAGCUCGGCAACGAAGAAGGUGGUGGCACUCGAAAAGAUCCUCUGAAGGCAAUCCAAUGGUACAAGCGCGCAGCAAUGUUAGGCGACACACCGGCAAUGUACAAGAUGGGCAUGAUUCAACUCAAGGGACUCCUCGGGCAACCCAAGAACCCUCGAGAAGCAGUCGGAUGGUUGAAACGCGCAGCCGAGCGAGCAGACGCGGAGAAUCCUCACGCCCUUCACGAACUCGGACUCCUGUAUGAGCAACCGCAAGGAAGCGACAACUCGGUCGUCCGAGAUGAAGCUUAUUCCUUUUCUCUCUUCAACCAAGCCGCCGACCUAGGCUACAAAUUCUCGCAAUUCCGACUGGGAUGUGCAUAUGAGUACGGUCUCUUCGGCUGCCAAAUCGACCCUAGGCAAUCGAUCAUGUGGUAUUCUCGCGCCGCAGCACAGGAGGAACAUCAAUCCGAGCUCGCACUAUCUGGAUGGUAUCUCACUGGUUCCGAAGGAGUUCUACAGCAAAGUGACACGGAAGCUUAUCUCUGGGCAAGGAAAGCCGCCAUGGCGGGUCUGGCAAAGGCUGAGUAUGCGAUGGGUUACUUUACUGAAGUAGGAAUCGGCGCACCUGCCAACCUGGAGGAUGCGAAAAGGUGGUAUUGGAGAGCUGCCGCACAAAACUUCCCCAAAGCCCGCGAGCGGCUCGAAGAUCUCAAGAAAGGCGGCUCGAAAGCGGGCCUGAAAGCACGGGAGCGCAUCUCGCGCUCCAAAGUAGGCAAGCAAAACGAGGGUGAGUGUGCCGUGAUGUGAUCCCCCCUGAUUUGGGUCUUCAUUGGAGCAUCCUGUUGAUGUCUUUGCGUUGUGCAAGGCGGGUUUUUGUUUAAGUGAUGAUUGUGUCAUGGUACCUAUGAUGGGGGAGGGCUGGACCCGAUAUUGAUGGAUUCAUGAAUGAUGGCGGAGAAGGAUUAUUGGCGGCUUUUACGCUUCACGCCUGCUAUCUACGGAUAUGUUUGAUACCACGCAACAGAAACAGAAUCUCUGCAGUCUGCAAUAUAGCAGGACUCCCUUGAUUUCAGACAGCAGAGCAGAAAUGGAUGAAUGGGUGGCGUUUUGGGCGAAUUUCUCGAUUUUCAUAUGGCGUUUUUGGAAGAGAUGAGUGAAGCGUGCAUUUUCAGCCGGGCAAGACGUUUUCGAGAGCAAUGGGGAUAUCUAUGUCGGUAUUGUAUAGUAAAAAGACGUACUUCAUCAAUAGGGAUGGUACUUUUAGAUGCAAUCAAUGGUGGAGCGGAAAAUACAAGGAGGUUGAUC